UUCGGUACUCUUUUAUUUAUUUUUCAAUUGAAAAGGGUGGUUUGCAGCUCAUGUUGUCGUUGUUCUUGUUGUUGUUGUAUUCGCUGUCGAGUGAGUUGGUGGUGCCUCGUUUCGAGUCUGAGGAACCCUUUCAUAUUCGCAGUAGUCUUUGCCGGGGUCGAUCGUCUCGGAGUGCGCUUUGAAGGGGUGGUCUGAAUCGAGGAGAUAAUUCGUGCUGCUAGUGUCGGGUCGGGUUAGGACAGAUCGGCUGUGAGAUACACAGACGAUUCGUGCGCAGAAGGUAUGGAGGUGGAGAGGGAUAAGAUGACAGUGAGCGUGGUUUAUCGAGGAAAACCAUACACGGCUGAGGUGUCACAUGAUGCGACAGUGGGAGAGCUCGGGAAACAGUUGAGUCACCUAACUGGGGUAGCUCUUCACACGAUGCGGUUGCUCCUUCCACGAGGUCGACAAAGUCGUUUUCCUGCUCUCCUUCCAGCUUCGGAGCAGCAUUCCUUCAUGACCCUGAAAAGUGCUGGCAUAUCUACGGGCAUUGUCUUAAGAAUGAUGGGAGCAACUGCAGAAGAGGUAAAGGAAGUAUCUCAACCCCCUAAUAAGCGCGUCGAUGGACGAGUCAUUGGGUUUGAUGAGGAAGAGCGCAGGGAAAAACUACGAUCAGGCGUUGGUACUCGCAUCCAGCUUCCUAAGGGACCAUAUUCAUUCUCCGAUUUUCGGACUCUUGCGCUCCCGGGCAUCGAGUUGCACCCUCCACCACACAAAGCUCUCGCAAUUAUGCACAAGCUCGCAAGUGACCCUGGCAUAGUGGCUAUUAUGAAUAAGCAUAGAUGGCAGGUGGGAGUAAUGACAGAGAUGGCUCCAGUCGGCUAUGUGGGCAUUAGUCCGAAGUGCCUUCUCGGGUUUAACAAGAAUCGGGGGCAAGAGAUAUCUCUACGACUGCGGACGGAUGACUUGCGAGGCUUUCGCAAGUACGAGAGUAUGAAGAAAACAUUGUUACACGAAUUGGCACACAUGGUCCACGAUGAACAUGACGAACACUUCCAUGCUCUGGACAAGCAGCUAAACCAGGAAGCAAUCGCUUUGGACUGGACGAAAUCCGCUGGACACACUUUGAAUGGGUCUAGAUUCAUAGAAGAUGACGACUCGCCUAUGGAUGUUGGCGGGGUCAGCAGUGGACAUAAGCUUGGUGGCAUAUCGUUACCUUCAUCAAACAUUAGAAGUACAGCCGCUCAAGCUGCAAUAAUGAGGUUGGAGCAAAACAAGCAGACUUCCGAACUAUCGAAGGCUGAUGUCUUCGCAACUGCCCAGAGAGCUGGAAUAUCGGAGCCAGACCCAGAUGAAUCAAUGGUUCAUAGAAGUACAAGUCUGCCUUCAUGGUCCUCUGUAGAAAUAUCUAACGAACCGGACCCAGAUGAGAUAGCAGGAGAGAUAGUGGUUACUGCAGAGGGUCAAGCGACAGGAAGGGAGCUUAACGAUCAGAAUGCAAGAAUGGAGCCCGAUCCAGACGACGCAUUGCAACACAGUGAGGAGCCUGACCCUGAUGAAAACACUUCUAGCCCUCUAAAUCAUGCGCUCUUACCAGUUAUGGAUACUAGAAGCCGAAUACCUGGCCAAGUCUAUUCACGCACUGAGCCCGAUCCUGAUAAUCUCUCUAUUGAUCAGAAGCACACUAGCUCAAGCGGGUUUAAUGAACCAGAUCCUGAUGAUAUGCUCAUCAAAGAGGAGGCUACUCAAGAACCUGAUCCAGAUGAGCGUAUGGAGAUGGUUGGUGAGCCCGAUCCGGACGAAUCUCUGCGCGUGAAUGAGGAGCCCGAUCCUGACGCAAGUGCCGCUGAGAGUGGUAGAGUUGAGCCUGAUCCGGACGAAAAUGCACGUGACCUGGAUCUUGGAAUGGUAGACGGUGAAAUUGCCAGAAUACAAGAUAGUACAGCUGCUGCAAUGGCACGGCUGCAAAAUGCCAUAACCACUCUGAAGAGACAAGCAAGUCCUUCUGAAACCAAUGCAACUAUUCAAGUAUUGUUCACUAUUUUCAGGAAUGUCAUCGACCAUCCGAAUGAAGACAAAUAUCGACGCCUUCGGAAGGGUAAUCCUACUUUUCAUAAUCGGGUUGCUAAGUUCACAGGGGCAGUGGAAGUCCUGCAAGCCGUUGGCUUCACUGAUGGAGGGAGUCCUCUAGGCUCAGGUGGCACUGAUUGCUUAGUUCUUAAGAGGUCGGACCCAGGGUUACUCUGGCUUGCUCGCAGCAUGUUAGAGACCUCUUUGGCGUAGUUUUUGACGUGGGUUUUCCUUUUCAAACUCAAUAUGUGGUAAAAAAAAUCUGAGUAAGUUUGUGAUCAAAGUAACAUAGUAUAUAUGGAGUAUGAUAUUACCUUACUUCAUGAAAGAUCACAAUGACAAGACGGAAAGCUUACGUAUAUAUGUAUAUACAUAUGUGUUGUGUCUAGAUUGUGAUAAAACUAAAGGUUGUUGUUCAAAUAUGUACUACUGAUGUAUAGAGGUUACAAACGUGACCUAAUUUAUCACCUCAUUGAUACUUAUCUAAAGGGUGUGCCUGGCGAGCUUCUUUUAUGUACAAUCGGUGCCAAGCUCAAGUAGUACAAUCCAACGGGUGAAAUCAAAGUUUUUGUUUUUGUUGAGCUUCUCA